AUGUCGAAGCAAUUUUACGCUAAAUCGCUAAUAAAAGAGCCUCUCUCCAAUUCUUCAUCGAGGUCAGUGUCUCGUGUAAGAACCCCGCUUCCAGAUGGUGAGGAGAAUGGAGCUUUGGAUGUUAACUUUCUGACGCUCGAGGAAUUAAUCUCGAGAAAACUUGAGUCGUUGCAAUCCAUGUUACUCCUGAGUGAGGCAGAAGAAACUGAAAACCGUGACUCGAUGGUAGCUGACUCACAGGACUACAGACAAAAAAAUGCAGUUUCCAUGAAUAAAGCCAGGAUUCAGUCCGGUUCGACCACGAUAAAUGACAUUGCUCUGUCCUUGCAACACUCCAGAUCGUCCGUCUCAUCUCUGUCUAGAGAAUUGCUUUUGGCUCAACUCUACAAGAUAAUUGUCACAAAACCUAUUCCAGUUUUCAACGAAGAAGUGGCCGAUAACCACAGCUACGUGACGGAAGAAGUCGUUCUGUCAUUCGUCAAGCUUUUAACAACCGGAGACUAUAGGUCUGCUACCGAAUUCAUUCUUCUUUACAGAUCAGUAAUUGCUCUUCUUGCAAGCGAUCUUGAAGAUUUUGGUGAGCUUGUGAGUCUGGACUUUAUCGAAACCUUGGAGAAUCUCAUCCUGGCACCUGCCAAUCUGCUCAUCAAUAAUGAGAAUAAGGCCAGUGUCAUUACGGGAUACUGCGGCUUGUUAUUAAUCCUUUAUGGAGGGACUUCGUCUUUUGGCGUCGACGACAAGGUAAAGUGGCUUUUGGAGCUUGCCCAAGGAUUCGUUCAGAGUUCCCUCAACUUGAAGCUACAGUUGAAUACAGGCGAUAGAGAAUACUCCACUUUGAUGCAUGAGAGUGAGGACAAGCGCUUGAUAGAUGAGCAAGAAUCUCGCUAUCUAGCUGAGGCGAAUGUCGCUGUCUCUGCCCUUCACGGCGUUGGCGUAUUGGUUACGUUGCUUCAAAAAGGAGAAUAUCUCAACGACCUUCUCAGUACAUUGGCAACGGAUCUUGUUACGAUUGUGGACAACGAUGAAAAUGUCGAGAUUUCCAAAGCUGCAGCUAAGGUAUUGGCGCUUUGCUACGAAUCGUAUACAUACGAAAGUGCUUCUGAAGAUGAUGAUGACGAUGACACGGAGUUCAACUACAACUCCCCCUAUUAUGAGCAAGAGGCGAUAAUCAAUACGUGCAUGCGUCUUUCGAACCUCUCAUCGAGAAGGGUCGGGAAAAAAGAGAAGAAGGAUACAAACUCUGUGUUCCAAGAAGUGGCAAAGACGAUAGAAUACUAUACGAAUGCGGAACAACGGGAAGAGAUUUACAAGUUGUCGCCCACAGGACUUGAGCUAUUGGCAGCUUCUGUCAGCUCUACGCACGUCAAAUUGUCGCGUUCCAAGUCUUUGUCCAUCAAUAGCUGGUUCCUAUACUUCAGAUUGUUGCAUCUCAAGUGGUGCUUCGGCUUUGGCCUCCAUGAUCAACUCGUGGAGAACCCAGAAAUAAAAGCUCUUUUGAAAAUGCCCGGCUCUAAAUAUCAACAAAAAUAUGGCGCUGGUGAUGAAGAAACGCUUGGUGAUCUAGGUUUCAGCAGAAAUGCUAAGACAGACGUGGAGCGUUUUGCGAAGACGGACAAAAAGAGGGCCAACGACUUGAAAAAGGCCAGAGAAGACAAGAUAUCACAGAAUCUCGAAGAACUUCAAAUUGAAAAGUAG